CAGAGGGCUUUUUCUCCUCCGAGGAGCCAGACAGCUAGCUCCAGGUUCUCCUGGUCAACACCAUGGCCAAGACCCUUAGUGACCAUCUGCUGUACUCCCUGGAGGAGCUGGUGCCCUACGACUUUGAGAAGUUCAAGUUCAAGCUGCAGAACACCAGCCUGGAAAAGGAGCACUCUCGGAUCCCCCGGGGCCAAGUCCAGACAGCCAAGCCAGUGAAGCUGGCCACUCUGCUGGUCACCCACUACGGGGAGGAGUAUGCUGUGCGGCUGACCCUGCAGGUCCUGAGGGCCAUCAACCAGCACCUCCUAGCAGAGGAGCUCCACAGGGCAACUGGCCCAGAAUAUCUGAUACAAGAAAGUGGCACAGACAGUUCAGUAAUGUCUUGUUCCUCUGGGGAGAAUAAGCCCAAGAGCCUGAAGAUAUCAGAUGCUCCGCAAGGUGACAGGCAGUGGCAAAGUGGUGACAGGGCAGCCAGCCUGCCAUCCAGCCAAUUGGAGGCUGGAAGGGGGCCCCAGAAGAAGCCUCAGGUCAAACAGAGAGAUCAGAAGGGCUCCGAAGGCCUGGAUGUGCAGAGCAAGCCAGGGGCCAGGAGCGUGACUCCUUCCAGGAGAAGCCCAUUCCCUGGCAAGCUGCAGGAGGAGAAGGGAAGCAAUCCGAGUGCCAAGCUACGCAGGAAUGCCAGCUCUGCAGGAAGGCUCCAAGGACUCUCCAGUGGGUCAUUUGCUGGGUCCCCGGGAAGGAGAGAAUUCAAGACAUCUGAAGUACGUUUACCUUCAGGAAAGAAGCGACCCAAAAGUCUUGAAUUUAACAUUUCUUCAAGAGAAGGAGAACCCCUCAAUCCAGAAAUUUUUCUGCUUCAAGAGAGAAUAAGAAGUAAGAAUCCAGACUCAGUAGCCACCCCCAGUGAAGUGGCCACUCUGGAUAUAGGGGCUACUAUGGCUCCAGAGAAAGGCUCCAGGAAUCCAGAACCUUCCGUGAUCUUGGAGUGGGGAGCAUUCAGGAAUACACUUUCCAAUGUGUCUUUGGCUGGAGAGGAGAAGACCUGGGAGCAUCCAGAAUCCACAGCACCUUCAGAGAAAAAUGAGAUUGAGAAUCCAGAGACCCCUGAGACCUUGGAGGAGAGGGCAGGCGGUGUGCUCCGUAAACCUUCAAAUCCAGAAGUCCCUCCAUCUUCAAGUAAGAUAGGAUCCCAGAAUCCAGAAGACCUGGCAUCCUUAGGAAUGGUGAUCUGUGCAGGAAAUUUUUCCACUGCCAUGUCCCCAGGGAGGCCGCAGGACAAGGCUGUGUGUCCCCUUUGCCGUGCCCAGGAAGGAGACCCGGAUGGUGGCACCUGUGUGCAAGAUUCCUGCAGCUGCUCCGUUGCUUCUAGGAAUCCCAAGGCCUUAGGUGGCCACUCACCCAGCUGCCCCUGGUGCCAGGCUUCACUCCCAGGGAAGAGUUCUGGAGGCCAAGAGCAGCAGGAGGGCCCACAGAUGGCCAGCCUGAGCCCCAAGGCCCUGCCGCAGUGUGAGCGUCACAUGAAGCAGGUCCAGCUGCUCUUCUGUGAGGACCACGGGGAGCCUAUCUGCCUCAUCUGCAGGCUGAGUCAGGAGCACCGAGGCCACCGGGUGCGCCCUAUCGAGGAGGCCGCCCUGGAAUACAAGGAGCAAAUUCAGAAGCAGCUGGACCAUCUGAAGGAGUUGAGAAAAUCUGGGGAGGAGCAGAGAUCUCAGGGGGAAAAGAAGACAGCAAACUUCCUGAAAAAAACCGAAAUCCAGAAGCAGAGAAUCCAGUGCCAGUUGGAGCAGUUGUGCCAGUUUCUGGAGCAGCAAGAACAGCUCUUUGUGGGCUGGCUGGAGGAGCUGGGCCAGACCAUUGGCCAGGUCAGGGAGAGAUAUGGCACCCAGGUAUCCAAGGACAUCGCCCUCCUUGACCAGCUGAUUAGGGAACUGGAGACCAAGCAAUGCCAGCCAGAAUGGGAGCUUAUGCAGGACAUCGGAGUCACCCUGCACAGGGCCAAGAUGGUGACUGUCCCUGAGCCAUGGGCCACCCCUCCAGAGGUGAGAGAAAAGAUCGACCUGCUCUACCAGAAAUCAGAGUUUGUGGAGAAGAGCAUGAAGAACUUCUCGGAAACCUUGCGCUCAGAAAUGGAAAACUUCAAUUGUGAGUAUGGUGGUGGUAGUAUGUGCUGGCUAGGGGUUAUUGUGAUAUUCCCUUAUGCUGUUGAUUUCUGGGCAUUAUUUAGAAGAGAGAAAAACACCUGUAACAAAGGCAGGAGAAAGGUCAUGACAGGCCCUCACGAGCUCUCUUCUGGACUCAUUGGCUGGGUCAAAUCAUCAGACUUCAGUCUCCAAGCCAGGCCUGGGAGCCUGGGAGGAAUGAGGUUAUAUCCAAGCAGAGGGAGUAGGGUCCUGAGCAUGAGGGUCCUUGUCUUUCCUUGUUGUGGGGACCAGAGUAGAUUUUGCCCCUCUAAAUGGGAAUGCUCAGGACUUUUUCCCCCAUCUCCUUUUUCUCUGUAGUUCCGGAAG